AUGACCUACGAAGCAUCAAAAGCCACCUCCUACUUGAAAGAGUAUCCAAAAAAGGAUGGGUUAUCAAUCAAGGAGUUGAUUGAUUCAACCAAUUUUGGUGGUUUAACUUAUAAUGACUUUUUAAUCUUGCCUGGUUUGAUUAACUUCCCAAGCUCCAACGUAAGCUUGGAAAGCAAGUUGACCAAGAAGAUCACUUUAAAGACUCCAUUCGUUUCAAGUCCCAUGGAUACUGUUACUGAGGAGAAUAUGGCUAUUCAUAUGGCUUUGUUGGGUGGUAUUGGUAUUCUUCAUCACAACUGUACCGCCGAAGAGCAAGCUGAGAUGGUCAGAAAGGUUAAAAAGUAUGAAAAUGGGUUUAUUAAUGACCCAGUCGUUAUUUCGCCAGAUGUCACUGUUGGGGACGUCAAGAAAAUGAAGCAAGUCAUGGGAUUCACCUCAUUCCCAGUUACUGAAAAUGGUAAAAUUGGAGGAAAAUUGAUGGGUAUCAUCACUUCUCGUGAUGUUCAAUUUCACGAAAACAACGACGAUCCUGUCUCAAAGGUUAUGACCACUGAAUUAGUCACUGGAAAACAAGGUAUUUCAUUAACCGAAGGUAAUGAAAUUUUGAGGAAGUCCAAGAAGGGUAAAUUACCAAUUGUUGACUCAAAUGGUAAUUUGGUGUCAUUGAUUUCUUUGACAGAUUUGCAAAAGAAUCACGACUUCCCCAAUGCCUCAAAAUCUUUCCACUCGAAGCAGUUAUUGUGUGGUGCCGCCAUUGGAACCAUGGAAGCAGACAAGGAAAGAUUGGACAAGUUGGUUGAAGCUGGCUUGGAUGUUGUUGUCAUUGAUUCUUCUAAUGGUUCGUCGACUUUCCAAAUUAAUAUGCUUAAAUGGAUCAAACAGAAGUACCCUGAACUUCAAGUUAUUGCUGGUAAUGUUGUCACUAGAGAGCAAGCUGCUUUGUUAAUUGAAGCUGGCGCUGAUGCUUUGAGAAUCGGUAUGGGUUCAGGCUCUAUUUGUAUCACUCAAGAAGUUAUGGCGUGUGGUAGACCACAGGGUACUGCUGUUUAUGGGGUCACUGAAUUUGCCAACAAGUUUGGUGUUCCAUGUAUUGCCGAUGGUGGUAUUGGAAAUAUUGGUCAUAUUUCCAAAGCUUUGGCUUUGGGUGCUUCAUGUGUUAUGAUGGGUGGUUUGUUGGCUGGUACUGCAGAAACUCCUGGUGACUACUUUUACAGAGAUGGUCAAAGAUUGAAAGCCUAUAGAGGUAUGGGAUCGAUUGAUGCUAUGCAACAAACCAGCACCAAUGCCAAUGCAUCAACAUCAAGAUAUUUUUCAGAGACUGAUAAAGUUUUUGUUGCUCAGGGUGUUAGUGGAUCAGUUAUUGAUAAGGGUUCCAUAACCAAAUUUGUUCCAUACUUGUACAAUGGGUUACAACACUCUUUACAAGAUAUCGGUAUCCAAUCAAUCAGUGAAUUGAGAGAAAAGGUUGAUAGUGGUUCAGUUAGAUUCGAAUUUAGAACUGCUUCUGCACAAUUCGAAGGUGGUGUUCAUGGUUUACAUUCUUAUGAGAAGACUUUGCACAACUAG